CCGACCAAUAUUACAGAGAAGAUCUGUCAUCUCUACAGAACACGUGAAAAACGCCUCCUGCCCGUUCCUUGGUUGGAAGAUUUUAGCUUUCAUAUGAAUGAUAUUUUUACCAGAUUAAAGAUCGUGGGCAAAGAAAAAACCCAAGGAGGCCUUACUGACGAUAUAACCAAUAUGACUGCUAUCUUUAAGGCGCACGCAGAAUGCCAAAGGCCGCGAACAGUCUUGAUCGAAGGAGAUCCUGGUAUGGGAAAAACUACGUAUUGUCAAAAGCUGGCGUAUGAUUGGGCAACUAAGCAGGGCGAUUGGGACUCUUCUUUUCCAGAGAUUGAAGUGUUACUGUUUCUCAAAUGUCACGAAAUAAAAUCUGAUAUUUGGGAAGCUAUUGAUGAUCAACUUCUUCCCGAGGAAAUGGACGAUCAAGCUAAGAAACGCUUCUUUAAAUUUAUUCGUGAAAAUCAGUCCAAGGUUCUUUUGGUUCUCGAUGGACUAGACGAAGCGGAUCCUAGAAACCGAAAAAUGUUCUUCAAUCUUGUUCAAGGUAAAGAACUCUCAGAUUGUUUCAUUGUUCUCACAGCUCGUCAUGAGGCUGGCAGAGAAGUAAGGAGAUACUGUGACACACUAUGGGAGAUUGUAGGAUUUACAAAGGAAGAUGCAAAAAGCCUCAUUCAAAAAUACUUCAAAAACAUUCACAAAGAGGACUUAGCCAGGACACUUAUAGAAAUGGUAUGCCCUUUGCCUCGGUCAGUUAAUUCAGGAGUGACUAAAGACCUGGAAGGAUUGACUAAAAAUCCGUUGAACACUACUUUACUGUGUGUAAUGUGGGAGGAUUUUGAGGGCGUAUUUCCAAAGAGCAGAACUCGAUUGUACAUUGAGAUUGUUCUUUGUGUUUUAAGAAGAUAUGAACGAAAGCAAGGAUUAUCGAGCGAGAACGAAGACCUGUUGACCGUCUAUAAAGAAGACUUAUUAUAUCUCGGAGGAAUGGCGUUACAGUCUCUUCGCAAAGGAGAAUUUUAUUUUGAAGAACAUAAAUCAGACCUUCGCCUCAUUGCCUUGUCUAAGUUUGGGUUCCUUUCUCUUCAGGCUGCUAACAAUAAGAGGGAAGUUCGUGUGCGUUACGCUUUUCUUCAUAAGAGCUUUCAGGAGUUCUUUUCUGGUUUCUACCUUGCUUGCAAACUUGUUGAGGGAAAUAUUGAUUGCGAAUCAGUAGUGACUGACCGUAGGUAUUAUUAUGAACUGAAACAAGUCUUCUUGUUUUUUAUUGAAAUCUUAGCCUCAAAGAGUGAGGAAACGUCAGAGUCUCUUGUCAAAAGCAUGGCUUUAAAUAUCAAUUCAAUUCAAUUGAAUUCAAUAUCAAGUCUUAAGUCCGCUACAGACGUUUCAAAUCGUGUUUUAUUUGCAUUAAGUUGUUUGUCGGAGUACCCAAGUUUACUUCGCACCUUAGGGAAGCACCUCAACUUCACUUAUUUGUAUUUGAGUGAUGGCGUGCUGAAUGAAGAAUAUGAUUGUGAUGAUGGUGAUGGUGAUGAUGAUGAUGGCUUUGUUUUGUUCUCUUUAAGGUUUAAGUCCUCUCCGCUUGGUAAUUCUGAUGCCGCGUCUGUUUCUCAGGUUCUUAAAGCCAACUCCUCCUUAACUAGUUUGGAUUUGAGUGGGAACGCCAUUCGCCAAUCUGGAGCUUCUUGUCUUUCCGACGCUCUUAUAGCCAACUCCUCCCUAACUAGUUUGUGUUUGAGUGGAAAUGAAAUUGGCGAUGAUGGAGCUUCUUGUCUUUCCCAGGCUCUUAUUGUUAACUCCUCUUUAACUACUUUGGAUUUGAGUAGGUGCAGCAUUAGCCAAUCUGGUGCUUCUUGCCUUUCCCAUGCUCUUGAAGCCAACUCCUCUCUAAGAUGUUUUGAUUUGAGUCAGAACAGUAUUGGUGAAGAUGGGGCUGCAUGUCUUACCAGGGCUCUUAAGGCCAACUGCUGCUUAACUAACGUGGAUUUGAGUGAAAACGGUAUCAGCGAAUCUGGAGCUUCUUUUUUUUCCCAGGUUCUCUUAGGCAAUUCUUCCUUAACUAGAUUGUGUUUGAGAAGAAACGGAGUUGGCGUUGAUGCAGCGUCCUGUCUUUCCAAGGCUCUUGCAGCCAACUCCUCCUUAACUAGUUUUGAUUUGAGUUGGAACAGUAUUGGCGAAGAUGGGGCUGCAUGUCUUUUCCAGGCUCUUGCAGCCACCUCCUCCUUAAGUUAUUUGGGUUUGGGUGGAAACAUAAUUGGUGAUAGUGGGGCUGUUUGUCUUUCCCAGGCUCUUAAAGCAACCUCCUCCUUAACUAAUUUGGAUUUGUGUGGAAACAGAAUUGGCGAUGAUGGUGCUGCGUCUCUUUCUGAGGCUCUUAAAGUCAACUUUUUCUUAACAAACUUGGAUUUGGGUUGGAACAGUAUCGGCGAAGAUGGGGCUGCAUGUCUUUCCCAGGCUCUUUCAGUCAACUCUUCCUUAACUUAUUUGGAUUUGAGUUGUAACAGUAUUGGCGAUGGUGGGGCUGUUUGUCUUUCCCAGGCUCUUGCAGAAAACUCCUCCUUAAGUAACUUGAAUUUGAGUGGAAACGGAAUUGGCGAUGAUGGUGCUGCGUCUCUUUUCCAGGCUCUUACAGCCAACUCCUCCUUAACUAAUCUGAAUUUGAGUUCGAACUUUAUCUGCGAAUCCGUAACUUCUUGUCUUGUCCAGGCUUUCUCAGCCAUCUCCUUCUUAACUAGUUUGGAUUUGAGUGUGAACAGAAUUGGUGACGAUGGUGCUGUUUGGCUUUCCAAGGCUCUUGUAGCCAAUUCCUCCUUAACUUAUUUGAAUUUGCGUUUGAAUCCCAUUGGUGUCUCUGGUCUUGCUGCGCUA